GCAUAGAUGACCAUUCUACUUAAUUAUGUCAAUAAAAAUAUUUUUAAAUUGUCAAUGUCAAACAUGUAAACUGUGUAAACAUUGCAAUUUCUGUAUAAUUAAUAAUUUUAGUCCGUUUUUGUGUCCGCAAACCGCAUGUCGUAACAGGUUUACAUAUUUUCAAUAAGUGCUGUUUAAUUAUAAAUUAUUAAAAUGUCUGUAACUUUACAUACAGAUGUUGGUGACAUAAAAAUUGAGCUGUUUUGCGAACAGUGUCCGAAGACUUGUGAAAAUUUUUUAGCCCUUUGCGCGAGUGAUUAUUACAAUGGUUGUUUAUUUCAUAGAAAUAUAAAGGGUUUUAUAGUACAAACAGGUGAUCCAACUGGAACAGGAAAAGGUGGCACAUCUAUUUGGGGCAAAAAAUUUGAUGAUGAAUUUAGGGAGGAACUUAAGCAUAAUGCAAGAGGAAUGGUGAGCAUGGCAAAUAAUGGUCCAAACACAAAUGGUAGUCAAUUUUUCUUCACCUAUGCAGAGCAACCGCAUUUAGAUCUCAAAUAUACAUUAUUUGGAAGGGUCAUAGAUGGCUUUGAAUCACUUGAUGAUUUAGAAAAGAUGGUAGUCAAUCCUAAAACAUUCAGACCCCUAACCGAGGCAAGAAUUACUUCUGUAACAAUUCAUGCUAAUCCAUUAGCAGGUUAAUUUCAAUAAAGAGUUAUAUAAAUUA